CCCACACUGCCUAUCGAAACUACUAUCGGAGUUCACAGCCGGAUUUUUUUUGCUAGAAGUUAAAAUAUAAAUUAAUCUAUUAAAAUGAACCGAGUGAAGACCACGCAGUCGAAAACAGGAGAGAUCAUCGCGUAUAGCGAGGGUGCUAUCCGGAACAACAUAUCCGCCGUGGAAUACUGCCGCACAUCGAUGGCCGCCAUCUCGGGUUGUGCUGCGGGUAUUCUGGGAUUGAGUGGAACCCUGGGCUUCCUGUUCUACUUUCUGUCCGUUUUUGUGCUAUGGAUUUUGGUGCUCCUAAAGUCGGGCACCCAGUGGCGCAAGUUCUUCAUCAACCGCCAGAAUCUGCUGACCAACCAGUUCAUGGGCGGCCUUUGCACCUAUGUGCUCUUCUGGACAUUCCUCUACGGCAUGGUGCAUGUGUAUUAAAUAGAGCAUUUACAAUUCGAACAUUGAUAUAGCGAAAUAAACAUAGGAUCUUUGGUUUAACACAA